GUGCGGCUUUUUGGAAGGGCACUGGGGCAUACUGGGAGGGCACUGGGUGGUACUGGGAGCACUGGUCCAUGUUGUCCGUCGUCCCCCCCCGCAGGGCGUGGAGUUCUUCGACGAGAAGCUGAACUCGCUCUGCAUGGCCUGGCUGGUUGACCACGUGUACGCCAUCCGGGAGGCGGCCACCAGUAACCUGCGCAAACUGGUGGAGCGCUUCGGGCAGGACUGGGCGCAGGGCACCAUCGUCCCCAAGGUGCUGGCCAUGGCCACCGACCCCAACUACCUGCACCGCAUGACCACGCUCUUCUGCAUCAACGUGCUGUCGGAGGUGUGCGGGCAGGAGAUCACCACCAAGCAGAUGCUGCCCACGGUGCUGCGCAUGGCGGCCGACGCCGUGGCCAACGUCCGCUUCAACGUGGCCAAGUCCCUG